UGAGCGAAACGCUCGAUGGGCCUGAAGGAGAGCCAUUGGCCCAUGGGUUUCUGCAUGACAAAAAAGAGAGCAAAUAAAUGUUGGGCUUUCGCUGCCACACCGGCCAGGCCACUGCAUCAACCAAACGAGGUUUCUUCUGGCGCCGCACGCCCGCUCCGCCGCCGCCGCAAGAGUCCAUCGCGCGGGAAAAUUUCCCAGGCUCCCCGCCACUUCGCUCCACUACCCAAAUCCAAGCACCAUCCCCACCAAGAUCUGCCAAAUCCAAGCCCCCUAGCCAUGGCUACCGUCGCCGCCGCCGCCCCCGAGCACAUCGAGGCGAUGGAGCAAGUUGAAGGGGAGGAGCGGGCGGCUGGAGACGCCGCGGCGGCCACCGAUGACGUCGACGUGCCCACCGAGGCGAUGAAGCAAGUUGACGGGGAUGAGGCGGCAGCCACAGCCGCCGCUGACGAUGAUGCCGACGAGGCGAUGGAGGAAGUUGGAGGGGAUGAGGCGGCGGCGACGACAGCAGCCCCUGACGACGAUGCCGCCGAGCCGAUGGAGGAAGGUGAAGGGGAAAAGGCGGCGGGGAUCGACGCGGAGGAGGAGACGGCGGAAAUCGACGCGGAGGAGGAGGCGGCAGAGAUCGACGCGGAGGAGGAAGCGGAUGCUAGCGCGGAGGCGCACAUGGAGGCAUCGGAGCAGGUGGACGAGGAGGAGCGGGAGGAGGUCCACGCGGUGGCGGAGGAGGAGGAAGCGGAGGCCCAGCCGCUGCAGACGGCGCUCCCGUUGGGCAGGGUGAAGAGGAUCAUGCGGGUCGACAGCGAGGUAAAGAAGGUGACCGCCGAGGCGUCGCUGCUCAUUGCCGCGGCCACCGAGCUCUUCCUCGGCACCCUCGCCGCCGGCGCACACACUGCUGCCUCCCAAGGUGGCCGGCGGACGGUGCGCGCCGCGCACGUCCGGGCCGCGGUCCGCGCGCACCGCCCCACCGCCGACUUCCUCCUCGACUGCCUUCCUGCUGCCGCGGAGGCGGCGCCUCGCGUCGCCCGCUCCGGAUCCGAUGGCGCCGCCGCCGCCGUCGCUGAAGCAGCAGUGCGCAAGCCGCUGCCACGUGGGACCCGCCGCAUCGACGGAUUCUUCCAGAAGGUCACUUAGAGUUGUCUCUCUCCGUGUUGUUUAUGAACUGCUGCUCCAAGUGGUUAAAAUGUAUUCCUACCCUGCCAUGUGAUGGAAGUGGAACCUCUGAACUUUAUCUAUCUAAGUAUGCAGUUGUCUUUAACCUUA